AUGUAUAUUAUAGUAUUUGGAGGUGAUCCUUCCUUAAUUACUUUAUUUGGUGAAAGUGCUGGGGGAGCUUCUGUUUCUAUGCAUAUGUUAUCACCCCUUUCUCAACCCUAUUUUACUCGGUCAAUUUUACAAAGUGGAGCAGCUACUGCCCCAUGGGCAGUAGAAAAUAAGCAGUAUAUGAAAUGUGGAAAUGGAAAUAUGUCUCAUUUAGCCCCAGACCAAUGGAAUAUGGACGAGGUUUUGAGAUGUUUGCAUGAGGCAUCUGCUGAUAAACUUAGAGACUCAGAAUGGAGUCCAGUAAUGGAAUUUGCAGACUUUCCUUGGGUGCCUGUUAUCGAUGGAGAAUUUCUUGUAGAAAAUAUAGAAACUUCCUUAAAACGAGGAAAUUUUAAGAAAACACAAUUAUUGGCUGGAAGUAAUUUUGAUGAGGCUAGAAAAUUAAAAGAAAAUUUUAGAAACUUUUUUUUUAUUUUUAAGGCAAUUUAUUUUAUUGUCUAUCAAUUAGCGGUAAAGUUUAAUUAAAUUUAAUAAACUUUGGGGGUCUUUGGGCAUUUGUAAAAAUGACACUUUUUGGGGACACGGAGCCUUGAAUUUUUCAAUAUAUUUCUAAUCACUAUACCAAAAUUAUUUUUUGAAUUUUUUGAAUGUUUUUUUGAAAUUUUAAAAACCUGAAAUUUAUGAAAAUGAGUGGUUUUUAAAACACCCCCCCCUCACCUCCCAGAAAAUAAAAUCUGUAU